AUGGCUCACACUUCUGGCUCCAAGUCGAACAUUCUCCAUCGUUCAUUCGUUCACCAGCCCGAAAGAGUCGUUUCUGCCUCAGGUGUAUCUCUCUUUCCCGAGUCUGGCCGUGAAAUACUUGAUGCUUCAGCCGGACCAGCUGUAUCAUGUCUCAGCUUUGGGCGUCCAGAAAUUGCUGAAGUGGUCGCGAACCAGAUGAACCAGCUUCCUUAUCUCUACUCUGGCGCACGUUUCACUUGCGAUGUGACUGAGGAGCUUGCGUCGAUGCUUCUGCAAGGGCAGCCCGGUGGCCUGUCCAAGGCCAUAUUCGUCAACUCUGGGAGCGAAGCCACUGAUGCUGCUAUCAAGCUCGCAACACAAUACUGGCACGAGCGAGGAAUGCCUCAGAAGCACCAUGUCAUCGCAAGAAAACAGAGCUAUCAUGGAAACACGAUUGGAGCACUCCGUGUUUCUGGCCACAAAUUUCGAAGGGCCAUGUACCGCCACUGGCUCUCUCACAAUGUCAGCUUCGUUGACCCCUGCUUCGCUUAUAGGCUGAAGGGAAACGAAUCCGACCAAGAUUAUGUCCAGCGACUGGCAGAUCAACUUGAGGCAGAGAUUCUUCGUAUUGGAUCGGAGAACGUUUCUGCAUUUGUGGCUGAGACUGUCAGUGGAACUACUCUGGGUUGCCUCCCGGCGGUGCCUGGAUACUUCAAAGCUGUUCGAGAGAUUUGCGAUGAACAUGAUGUCCUCUUGAUCUUAGACGAAGAACAGGAGGGCAUUUCAGGGCCUGAUAUUCAGAUGAUAGGCAAAGCUCUUGGUGGAGGUUUUGUUCCCCUGUCUGGCGUGUUGCUUCGCAAUAAGAUAUUUGACGCCCUCGCAGACGGAUCUCGGGGAUUAGCCCAUGGGCACACUUUCCAGGCUCAUCCGGUGGCUUGCGCUGCAGCCCUCGAGGUUCAACGCAUCGUUCGUGAUGAAGAUAUUCUCGCUAACGUCCGAGAAAUGGGUAAGGUCUUGGAGAUGCUCCUGAGAACAAAUCUUGGGCAUAUGGAAUAUGUCGGCGAUAUCCGUGGGCGUGGUCUUUUUUGGGCUGUUGGGAGAUUAGAAUCGGAUCAAGAUAUUUUGCGUCUCAUGAACGAAUCACUUAGAACACCACCUUCGGCUUCAACUCGGAGAGGUGGCUAUACUCGACAGAAGCGUGGAUGUCUAACAUGUCGUCAACGAAAGAAGAAAUGUGAUCAGCUUUACCCCAUCUGCAGCCACUGUUUGCGUCUCAAUCUAGUAUGCAAGCGUGAGCCUCCACGCUCGGUGCUCCCGUCACCUGGGGCGGCAACGGGAGAUUCUGAAGUGACCGAGACAAGAGUUAUGAGAGCUCCAAGCAUAUACCAGCAAAUCAAAGAGAUCACGCAACUAUGUCAACCUCUCGGACUAUCGCUGAAACCUGGUGACACCGACCCCAAAAGUCUUGUGGGAAGCAGACGAGUGGUGCUGCGUUACUACACGGUAACUCUUGCGUUUCUACUGACUACGAACCUCGAAAAAAACUGUUUCCUCUCUGUUAUUCUUCCCAUGGCGUUCGAAUGCCCUGCCCUAAUGUAUGCCGUCUCAGCAUGGGCUUCUUCCCACUUAGCAUUACGUGACAACAAGUUCAGAGCCGAUUCGCUAAGGCACCGUGGAUAUGCUUUGGCUCAGCUUCAAAAGUCAAUGGAGCAGAGUGAGCUGUCAACUGAGAUGUGCCUCGCUGUGACCAUGGUCCUCUGUUCCAUGGAGUCAAUAUCCGAGGCUACCGAUGCGUGGCAUCCUCACUUGAAAGGCGCUGCUGCUGCUGCAUUAGCUUGGCAGUCAGAGGAUUCUCUCGCGGUGGUAGAUCCGAAGCAAGCUGUUCAGGCUACGUUUGAAGGGAGGUGGCUUCUCCGCAAUUUCGCCUAUCACGACAUCAUGAUGAGUGUCUCAAUGGAUUGUCGUCCAUUGAUAAGGGGGCCUUACUGGGCCUCAGAGGAUGACACACUUGCAGAUCCCUAUUUUGGAUUUGCGUCGCGGAUACUAUAUCUCAUCUCCAAGACGAGCAUUCUGAAUGCCGACUUCGCAGAAGCAGAAUUGGGAUCACAGACCCGGGGUUAUAGUUUUGCCGAACGCUCACGAAAGAUAGAAAGUGAACUCCAGAGUUGGGUUUGCCCUUCGGGCCAUGAUGAUUCACCGCUAGCGUUGCUUGGUGAAGCCUACCGCAACGGGGCGCUCAUUCAUCUUUACCGAACCCUUGCUCGCUACAUUAAAAGCUAA